UAACGGGGCAGGGAGAGGAAACGAUUGGUAUGCUCAGCUCUGUGACAAGAGCGAAGCAAAGGUGCUUACAGAAGGGAAGAAGGGGCUUGUGAAUGAGAGAGAAGGAGGUACAGAGGGCUUGGGAGUGUGAAGCUGUAAGCGUACAAACUUUCAACAUAAAGUUUAAUCCCAAGAUAGUGCGGGGUAAGAAAAAGACAGGCUGUUUAACCUGCCAUCAGUUACAUCUACAGAAAGCAAUUAUUUCUUUCAUCAACUUUUAAGAACGUUACACUGGAAUAACUGAAACAGGAUGUACUAUGAAGAAAACACGAACUUACUCAGACCACGUUAUGGAUCUAUUGUUGAUGAUGAGAGGCUCACAGCAGAGGAAAUGGAUGAAAGAAGGCGGCAAAACAUUGCGUAUGAAUAUUUGUGUCACCUAGAGGAAGCUAAACAGUGGAUGGAAGCCUGCCUGGAGGAAGAGUUACCCCCAACUACAGAGCUGGAGGAGGGUCUGCGCAAUGGAGUCUUCCUGGGGAAACUCGCCAGGUUCUUCGCUCCAAAAAUGGUGUCGGAGAAAAGGAUAUACGACCGAGACCAAGCUCGUUAUAAGCGAUCUGGACUUCAUUUUCGACAUACAGACAACACUGUUCAAUGGCUGAGAGCUAUGGAGUCAAUAGGGUUGCCUAAGAUCUUUUAUCCUGAGACAACAGAUGUUUAUGAUAGAAAGAAUAUGCCCCGGGUGAUUUAUUGUAUACAUGCAUUAAGUUUAUACCUUUACAAGCUGGGAAUAGCUCCUCAGAUCCAAGACUUGUUGGGAAAAGUGGAUUUCACAGAGGAGGAGAUCAGUAACAUGCGGAAAGAACUGGAGAAGUAUGGAAUACAGAUGCCAGCGUUCAGUAAGAUUGGAGGAAUCCUUGCUAAUGAGCUUUCUGUGGAUGAAGCUGCGUUGCACGCUGCUGUUAUUGCCAUCAAUGAAGCCAUAGACAAAGGAGUUGCUGAGCAGACCCUGAGUGCCCUUAUGAACCCAAAUGCAAUGCUGAGAAACACUGAGACAAAUCUUGCUCGGGAAUACCAGGAUAAGCUCAGUCAAUCCAAGAAGGUCAAAGAGGAAAACACUGCAAGCAGGCGCUCUUCUGUUUCAUCUGAAGAAAGAGAUGUUUACGAGGAGUUGCUGACCCAAUUGGAGAUCCAGAAUUGUCUUAACGCUGUGAACACACAAGCAGCAGUGACUGCUGUGAAUGAAGCAGUCAGCAGAAAGGAUGAAGAUGCCCUAUUGACAAGCCUUAAGCUUCCAGCUCUGGGGUUGCUGGGAGUCCUGACUAGCAAUUCAUCCUGGUACCUAGAACAGUUCUGCACCUACAAGGACCAGAAAUCUGUGAGCGCAGGAGCCCCUGUGCAGCUGGAAAAGGACGAAAUUCAGCAAAUUGUGAGCUCCUGCAAUGAUUUUGCUGAAGCUCAUAAACGACAGCUGGAGUCUGUUGCUGCAAUCAAUACUGCCAUCCGUGAAGGCAACUCUGCCCACACUGUGCGAGAGCUGAUGAACCCUGAGGCUCAGCUUCCCAUUGUGUACGAAUCUGCAGCUGAUCUCUACCAGUCUGAGCUCUUUACCCUGCAGAAACAGAGCGCUGGUGUAAGCAUCUCUGUACCUGUGCACUCCAAAGCCGUGACUAAUCAGCUGAGGGAGUCCCCCAUGGGCUUCAGCAAUAUGGAUGAGGAAAACCUGCAGAGGUACGCUGAUACGCUGAUCUCUCUCAAGGCUGAAGCAGCUUCCCAGGGACAGGAGUUCCUGACUUGGAAUGAUGUGCAGAAGUGCAUCGACAUGGUCAAUAUUCAGGUUCAAGAGGAGCAUGAGAGAAUUAUUGCUAUUGGUCAGAUUAAUGAUGCCCUUAAUGCUGGUGACCCAGAAAAGACUCUGGAAGCAUUACUGUUACCUACAGCCAAGCUACAGGGAGUGAAUCCAAAAACAGCCAGGCAUUAUCAUGAUGUUCUUCAGGAUGCUAAAGCUGAGAUAUGCAAGAGCUCUGGAGAUGACUCAGCUGUGCUGUGGGUGGACCAGAUUCAAGAAGGAAUACAUAACGCCAACAAGAAUGAAGAGGAGGCUUUGAGAUUGGCUGUGGCUCUAGCGGACAUCAACAGGGAGGUAGCGGGAGGAGAUGUACAAAAGACGCUGGCAUCACUGAUGUCCCCUGGUGCUGGUCUGAGAGGAGUACUGCUUGAAUGCUCGGAGACCUACUUCAAAGACCUCUCAGAAAAACAGGCUCUCAAGGCUGCAGAAGGAUCUAAUGACAGUGCAUGGGUGAAACACCGCAUCAGGGACAAGUUUUAUUACUUCUACAAUUUGCAAAGUGGAGAGGCCACCUGGGUUGAACCAGAAGGCUUCAUUCAAAACAGCACUCAGCUUUCCAAGGAGGAAAUACAGAGUAUUAUUGGAGGCAUCACUGCAGAUUACAACCGCGAGCAGCUGUGGCUAGCCCAGGAGCACCUUGUCAUUCAGCUGCAGGCCUGGGCCAGGGGGUACCUGGUGAGGAAAGCUCAUAAGGGAAGACAGGAGUACUUAAGAAAACAAGUGCCCAUGGUCAUCAGACUGCAGGCUUCCUGGAAAGGUUAUAAACAAAGGAAGAUCUACAAGGACAGGCUGAAAGUGCUGCAAGAUAACAUAGUUGCCAUCAUCAAGAUUCAGUCAUGGGUGAAAAUGUGGAGAGCAAGACACAGAUAUUCUCAAAGGUUACAGUAUUUUAAAGAGCAUGAAAAGGAGAUUGUUAAAAUCCAGGCCUUCCUGAGGGCAAAUAAAGCAAGAGAUGAUUAUAGAACACUGACGGGCUCAGAGAACCCUCCCCUGAAUGUGGUGCGGAAGUUUGUUCACCUGCUGGACCAGAGCAACCUCGACUUCCAGGAAGAGCUGGAGGUGACCCGCCUGCGGGAAGAGGUCGUCACCAAGAUCAGGUCUAACCAGCAGAUGGAGAAGGACCUCAAUCUGAUGGACAUUAAGAUUGGGCUGCUAGUGAAGAACAGGAUUACUCUGCAGGAUGUAGUGUCGCACAGCAAAAAGCUAAAUAAAAAAGGCAAAGGGCAGAUGGAGGAUAUAGUCAUGGGGGACAAGCAGGGCAUCAAAGGACUGAGCAAGGAGAAGAGAAAGAAGCUGGAGGCCUAUCAGCAUUUCUUCUACCUGCUGCAGACGAAUCCUACAUAUUUAGCCAAGCUGAUCUUCCAAAUGCCACAGAACAAGUCCACUAAAUUCAUGGACACUGUAAUUUUCACACUGUACAACUAUGCCUCUAAUCAGCGAGAGGAAUAUCUGCUGCUGAAGCUCUUCAAAACUGCCCUGGAGGAGGAGAUAAAGUCUAAGGUGGACCAGAUCCAGGAUAUUGUCACUGGAAACCCAACUGUUAUUAAGAUGGUGGUCAGCUUCAAUCGUGGGGCUCGUGGCCAGAAUGCUCUGCGGCAGCUUUUGGCCCCUGUGGUUAAAGAGAUAAUUGAUGACAAAUCCUUGGGCAUUAACACCAAUCCAGUAGAUGUGUACAAAGCAUGGGUGAAUCAAUUGGAGACCGCAACUGGGGAGGCAAGCAAACUACCCUAUGAAGUCACAACGGAACAGGCCUUAUCUCAUGAGGAAGUGAGGGCAAAACUUGAAGUAUCAAACCGGAGCCUAAGAGCUGCCACUGAUAAAGUGCUGACCUCCAUUGUGUCCUCCUUGGAUAACAUUCCUUAUGGCAUGAGAUACAUAGCCAAAGUUCUGAAGAACUCACUGCAUGAGAAAUUCCCAGACGCAAGUGAAGAUGAGCUUUUAAAGAUUGUUGGUAACCUGCUGUAUUACCGGUACAUGAACCCUGCCAUCGUUGCUCCUGACGGGUUUGACAUAAUUGAUAUCACCGCUGGAGGACAGCUGCACUCAGACCAGAGGAGGAACUUGGGCUCAGUGGCAAAGGUCCUACAGCACGCAGCUGCCAACAAACUGUUUGAAGGAGAGAAUGCGCACAUGACCUCCAUGAACAACUACAUUUCCCAGACGUAUCAGAAAUUCAGGGUUUUUUUCCAGGCUGCAUGUGAUGUACCAGAGCCUGAGGAGAAAUUCAAUGUUGAUGAAUACUCUGACAUGGUGACACUAAGCAAACCUGUUAUUUACAUCUCAAUUGAUGAAGUUAUCAACACUCAUUCGCUGGUAUUAGAACACAAAGAUGCUAUCACUCCAGAUCACAGUGACCUACUGCAUGAAUUACUGGAAGAUCUUGGAGAUGUUCCUGAUGUAGAAUCUUUGCUGGGGGAGGGAGCGGUAGAUCCAAGUGACCCCAACAAAGAGAAUGCACUAAGUCAGCUUGCCAAAACGGAAAUCUCUCUCACCCUCACCAGCAAGUUUGAGUUACGGGAAGGAGACGACAAAGAUAUGAAAAGUCUCAUGAUAAAGACAAAGAAGCUGAUUGUGGAUGUGGUGCGAAUCCAGCCGGGAGAAACGUUGAUCGAGAUCUUGGAGACUCCUGCCUCUGCACAGCAGGAAUCUGAACACGCAAAAAUAAUUGAGAAACGUGCUGUUCAAGAUGCCAAAACCCCUGAUAAAAUGAAGAUCAGUCAGUCCAUCCUUGAAGAUGGACAGCUCCCAUUAGAGCAGAAGAAGCGGAAAAUCCUGAGGAACCUGAGAACACUGGAGCAGGCUGGUGUGGUCUCAUCAGAGAACAAGUAUCAAGACAUCAUCAAUGACAUCUCAAAGGACAUAAGAAACCAGCGACGGUAUCGGCAGCGCAGGAAGGCUGAGCUGGUGAAGCUUCAGCAGACACUGAGUGCACUCAACUCAAAGACGACCUUCUAUCAAGACCAGAUCAAUUAUUAUGACACGUACAUCAAAACCUGCUUGGACAACCUCAAUAGAAAGAAUGUGAGAAGAUCCAUAAAGCUGGAUGGGAAGGGAGAGGAGAAGGGCAGUCGGAAAUCUAAGCAGACGUCCUUGAAGUACUCCGCAGCCCGACUGCAUGAGAAAGGAGUUGUUCUAGAGAUAGAAGGUCUGCAGACAAACCAGUUUAAGAAUGUCAUGUUUGACAUUUCACCCACUGAGGAAGUUGGUGACUUCGAAGUUAAAGCCAAGUUUAUGGGGGUUGAGAUGGAAAAAGUCCAGCUGCAUUUUCAGGAUUUACUUCAGCUGCAGUACGAAGGAGUUUCAGUGAUGAAGAUGUUUGACAAAGCUAAAGUCAAUGUUAACCUGCUGAUAUUCCUUCUGAAUAAGAAGUUCUAUGGAAAAUGAUGUUUUCAUUUGUGCUUCCCAAUUCCAGGUUUAAUUUAACCUUAUGUCUUAAAUAUUUUACUGUUUAAUUUGUAAAGAAAAGUUGGGGGGAAAAGAAUAGAUUGUGCCUUCUUUAAUUUCUGUCAGAGAAAAUGUUUUUUUCAGAACUUUAACUGGUUUUCAGCAUGAUAUUGAUUUAAUACUGAAGAGUUGUCAGUAUAUGCAAUGCUAAUGGGUUUGAGAGAGAAUCCAUGUGAAAGCAUAGGUCAGUAAUGAAAAGAAUAUAAAUCCGUAAUGUUUUUUUUUAAUUAACUGGAAACAAUUGUGAAAUUUAAACCAAAAUCUGCACAUUCUUUGAUUAAGAGUUUCUUAUUUUCUUUAUUCUACUGGUGAUUGUAUAUGGAAUAUAUUUUAAAAUUAUUAAAAAUUAAAUGUUAUAUACAAAGAUAUAUGAGCGACAACACCAUUCCUUUCACUUAAUGUAAAAAAUGAAUGAAUUCUUAUUGUAAAAUGCACUACUGCCUCACCGUCAUUAAAGAAUGCGGAGUGUCAUGCCAUUAGUAGUAAAACAGAACAUUACUAUCUGCCCAGAUAUGUUCUGCUUUUUAAGUGUUAAAUUGUGCCUUUGAACUUCGCAAAAGUAAAACAAAUGUCUAUGCAUAUUUUAAAACUAUAAAAUAACUGGGUUGUUCUGCAGCUUUCUUGGUUAUUGAAACAGUACGACGUGACAACAUGUUUAAUGUUAAAAUAAAUGAGAGUUUUGACAUGCAUUGGUUUUUUUUUUUCAAAUAUUAAAGUUUAAUCUGCAGAUUGAUUGCACCGAACAAAGGGUGUUAUGCUAUAUUGUCCUGUUAUUGCCAGCUGAAAUGUCAGAUUUUAAAUAAUUACUGUCCUUAAUCUUGUAGAAUUGAUAUAUUAGUGGAAAAUACAAGAGGGCUUAAAUAUUAUUUGUUUCAUAAUUGUGCACUCUCUGAUCACUCCCAUAGUGACUCACUUCUUUCCUGGCUAAAGAAUGUUUUACUUAAUGGUUUCAAAUAAAUACUUUUUGUUUACAUGAGA